AUGCAGAGUUUGGAUGCAACUCAAAGAAAGCAAUUAUUAGAGCCGUUACUUUCAAGUGGUUGGUCAAUGGUUGAGGGUCGUGAUGCUAUUAAAAAACAAUUUCUUUUCAAAAACUUUAAUGAGGCAUUGGGUUUUAUGGUUCGUGUAGGACUACAAUCUGAAAAGUUGGAUCAUCAUCCGGAAUGGUUCAAUGUUUACAACAAGGUUGACGUUACCUUAAGCAGUCAUGAUGUGAAUGGUCUUUCAGAACGCGACAUCAAAUUGGCAACAUUUAUGGACAAAGCGGCCACUCAUUAA